AUGUUCCCGGAGCUUCAGAGCGCGCUGAGCCCAGAGCGGCGGCAGUUCACGCUGAUCAGUGAUUGGAGGACGGACGGCAGCUUCCUGAUACAUCACUUCCUGUCCUACUACCUGAAAUCUCGGAGGAAGGUGUGCUUCGUGGCUCUGGCGCAGUCAUUCAGUCAUUAUAAUCUCAUUGCACAGAAGUUGGGGGUGAACCUGGCCGGCGCUCGGGAUGAGGGGCAGUUGGUCUUCCUGGAGGGGCUGAAAUCUUACAGCAGCCUGUUAUUUCCUGAGACGCCGGAGGCUGAUUCCCAUAAUCCUCUGCGGUUCCUGAGGACCGGCGCUGAGCUGAGGCCUCUCUAUGACUUUAUUUAUGGAGCGUUGGUGCCCCCUGCAGGCGGCGAGUGGAAGAGCCCCGCGCUGAUCGUGGAUGACCUCAGCUUGUUGAUCAGUUUAGGCGUCACUCCGCUGCAAAUCCUGGACUUCGUCCAUUACUGCAGAGCCGGCGUUUGCCACGAGCUUCAGGGGGACGUGGUGUGUUUGGUGCACAGAGACGAGGAGGAUGAGGACGGGGAGGUCCUGUGGAGGACGCUGUGUCACCAGAGCGGACUCAUCCUACAGGCUGAGGGCCUGACAACCGGAUUCUGCAAAGACGUCCACGGCCAGACCCCCUCUCUUGUCCCACAGCUGACAAUCACCCACCGGCAGCGCCAGGACCGGCCCACCAUCUACCAGUACAAGAUUCAGGACAAAAACGUCAAUCUAUUCGCCCCCGGCCUGUCUGCGGCUGUCCUGUGA